UAUAGCGUCUCUGACUGAUCUAAAACGACUGUUUUCUCCCGGUGUGAGCCGGCCCCGUUGUUGCUAGGCGACACUGCAACACAGAACCAGCGAUGCUAUCGUGCUUUUAGAGGAAACCUACUAGCUUAGCCAUCUAGCCAACUUAGGAGACAACUUUAAAAGCGUGUUCACAGAGCAACCUUCUUCAUCUACGCGGUCGAAAAUGAAGACGGAAGCAUCGGAGCCAUGUCCUCCGAAAGCCAGAGUUUUAUUAUGGGCAGACCUGAGUUACAGUGAUAUGGAGGAAAUGGACAAGGCAGAGUCUAUACCAGACAUUGAAAGGGUUUUGUGCCGUACAUUGAGAAUUGAGCUACCUGAGCCACGGCUGGGAAUUCUGCUCGAGUUGUACACAAAUAUAGUGAUGUUCUGCAGGGAGCAACACUUCAACAGAGAACAAACAUCUGUUCUUCUCUCCAUUGUAAAUAAUGUGCAUCAGCUUAACACAGAAACUCCCCUCAACAAUAUGGACCAGUGUUUCACCUACUGCAGUGAGCUUCUACUUUGUCAUUCUGUCAGAAGACCUCCCUUCAGCAUCAGUCUUUUCAGUUUAGAAGAAGUAAACCAGAUUAUAAAAUAUCUCAUCAACACAUAUAUGAGACACUAUGUACUUUACAAGUACAUAUUCACACCUCAGAUGCAUUUGGAUUUAUCCUUAUCCUAUACUGGAAUGCCUGAGGAUACUGCCAUAGAAGAACAAGCCAGCAAAGCAUGUGUCACAGAUGCAGAGAAGGAAACUGAAAAGGAAUCAGUGGAAGCAAAUGGGCAAGACACAGCAUCAUCAGAAAUCUUGACCACUGAUACAGAGACACCUAUUCAAGAUCCACCGUCAAAGGCAAAGCUCCGGUCAAUUGUGGAAAAGGAAGUGAAGGAGGAAGUGAUGCGCUUGACCAUUCAACUAGAAAAACGGCUGCAGGAAAGUACUGAUCAGCUUAACACUGCGCUUACUGCACUGGAGACUAGCAUUCAGUCUAAGAAAUGACCCAUGCCUACAUGUCCCCACAGACCAUAACUAUAAAUACAGUAUAUCAGUAUA